AUGGUUGACGACGAGUAUCAACGCAUGUUGGAUGAGGCGUUUAAUGAGGUGGUUGAAGAGGUUGAAUGGGAAGUCCAGGAGGAUGUGGAGAGUGCGGUGGCGGCGGAGGUCCCUCGUACGAUUCAUCAUCGGCGGUGCUUCACCCUCCGACGGGAUGCCAGCCACUGGAUCGGACUGUCGACAUUGCAGAAGUGCACCGCUGCAAUUAGGCAGUUGGCCUAUGCCGGACUGACUGACAUGUUCGACGAAUACCUGAAUAUGGGUGAGACGACUAGCCUGGAGGUUCUGAGGCAGUUUUGUAGGGACAUCAGGGCCAUCUUCGGUUCGGAGUAUCUUCGAAAACCAACCGUACAAGACUGCCAGAUACUGCUGGAUAUGCAUGGGACUGUGCACAACUUUCCAGGGAUGAUGGGCAACAUUGAUUGCAUGCAAUGGGAAUGGAGGAACUGCCCGGUAGUGUGGAAAUGGCAGUUCAGGUCUAACAACGAUAUCAACGUUCUGCAGUCGUCGCCCCUCAUCAAUGAGCAGUGCCGUGGUGAGGGCCCGGAAAUCCGCUUCGUGGCCAACGGCAAGCAGUACAACAUGGGCUACUAUUUGGCAGAUGGGAUAUACCCUCGAUGGCCCGUAUUUGUGAAGACGAUCUGA